AUGCCACAACAACCGCAUCGCGGCUAUCGCCAGCGAGUGGCUCACUUCACUCUGAAGUCGACUCUGUACGCGUCCUGGGCUCUGGGCCUGUUCCCGUUCACCUACGACUCCCGGACGAGGCAGUUAACACGGUCCCGAUGGCUCCUAUCCUAUGGCCUAGUCCUGAACCUGGGCUUGAUGGGGGUGGUGCUGCUACCGGGCACAGAAGACCACAGGGACGUCAGGAUAGACAUGUUCGAGCGGAAUCCAAUUAUACAGCAGGUGGAGAAUAUGGUCGAAAUUAUCAGCUUCCUGACAGCCGUCGCUAUGCAUCUGGGAAUAUUUUGGAAGAGCAGGGAAAUGGUCACCAUCCUAAAUGAGCUCUUUCUUCUGGAGAAACGACACUUCAGUAACCUAAUCCUAGCGCACUGCCACCAGUUCGACAAGUAUGUAAUCCAGAAGUGCAUACUGGUGGUAUUAGAGGUCGGCUCCUCCUUGCUGAUCUACUUUGGAGUUCCCGACAGCAAUCUCGUGGUCACGAGAGCCUUUUGCAUAUACCUGGUGCAGGUGGGCGUGCUCCUCGGCGUGACCCACUUCCACCUGGCCGUGAUCUACAUCUACCGCUUUGUGUGGACCAUCAACGGACAGCUCCUCGAGUUGGCCAAUCAACAAAGGCGGGGCCAGAAGGUGGACCCGGCCCGGAUCAAGCUGCUGUUCUGGCUGUAUAGUCGCCUCCUGGAAGUAAACUCACGACUGGCUGCCAUCUAUGAUAUUCCGGUGACCCUCUUCAUGGUCACCCUCAUGUCUGCCAACAUCAUGAUCGCCCAUGUGCUCAUCAUUAUAUGGAUCAAUCAGUUCUCGCUCCUGGACAUUCUUCUGUUAUUCCCCCAAGCCCUACUCAUCAACUUUUAUGAUCUUUGGCUAAGCAUAGCCUUCUGCGAACUGGUAGAGCGCACCGGCAGACAGACUUCUGACAUUCUGAAGCUAUACAAUGAUGGGGAGGAUAUGGACGAAGAACUGCAACGAAGUCUCUCGGACUUUGCUCUGUUCUGCAGCCAUCGCAGACUGAGGUUUCGCCACUGUGGACUGUUCUACGUGAACUACGAGAUGGGCUUUCGUAUGAUCAUCACCAAUAUCUUAUAUCUUGUUUUCCUGGUGCAAUUCGAUUAUAUGAACUUGAAGUACAAAUAA